AUGGGUAAACGGAAAUUACCCUGGUCUAGCCAGCCAAACUUAAAGACCGAAUCCACUACUCUUUCCUCGCUUAUGGAGCUGUACAAGAAAGCCAAACAGAGAUACGACUCUGAGGAAGAAUUAAGGAAUCAAUCUCACAAGUGUGUAGUCCGACUACAGAUGGGGGAUCCGGAAUACACUAAAAUAUGGAAACUUAUCUGUAACUUGUCUCGUAAAGAAAACCAACUCAUCUACGAUAGAUUAGGAAUCAAAAUAACUGAACGUGGGGAAUCGUUUUAUCAAUCACGGAUGGAAAACAUUGUUGAGGAGUUAAAGAGUAAAGGAUUGUUGGAGGAGGAUGACAAAAGGUUCAUAAUGUGGGGCAAGAACAAGGACUUGAUCCCUUUCACCAUCGUAAAGUCUGACGGAGGCUUCACUUACGACACUUCUGACAUGGCCACCAUCAGAUACAGGAUAGAGGAGAGUAAGGCCGACUGGAUCAUCUACGUUGUGGACAUGGGACAGGCUACACAUUUCCAAGUGUUGACCAGUUGUGCUGAGAAAGCCGGCUGGCUUGACCCGUCCAAGGUCCGAGUGGACUUUGUAGGCUUUGGAGUUGUGUUGGGAGAAGAUAAGAAGAAGUUCAAAACACGUUCUGGCGAAUCGGUGAGGCUGGUUGAACUUCUGGAUGAAGGUCUAAAGAAGGCCCUAGAGACUCUGAAGAUUAAAGGAAGGGAUCAGGUGUUGUCAGCCACUGAGCUACAAGAGGCACAGGAGGCUGUGGCUUACGGCUGCAUCAAAUAUGCCGACCUCAGUCAGAACAGGAUCAACGACUACGUCUUCUCUUUUGAUAAGAUGUUGGAAGACAAGGGCAACACAGCUGUUUACCUGUUGUAUGCUUACACAAGGAUAUGUUCUAUAGCCAGGAAUGCCAACAUAACAGUGAGUGAGCUGGAGCAGGCUGCCAACACGACCCCCGUAGCCAUCACUCACGAGAAAGAGUGGAAAUUGGCAAAGCUACUUCUCCGGUUUCCUGAAAUAAUAAACAAAGUAACCAGGGAUUGGUUUUUGAAUUCUCUCUGUGACUAUUUGUACGAGAUUUCUUGGACUUUUUCAGAAUUCUAUACUUCUUGUUACUGCCUUGACAUGGAUGUUGAGACUGGUGAAAUCAAGAAAGUACACAUGGACAGACUGCUGUUAACAGAAGCCACUGCUCGAGUUAUGAAACAAUGUUUCAACAUACUUGGUCUCAACACCGUGUCUCGCAUGUAA